CAUCAGAGGAAUCCCUUUCUCAUCCACAUCCCCUCUCUCUCUCUCUCUCUCUCUCUCGUGUGUUUUAAGGGGUGGGUGGGUUUAUUUUAUUUGUUCAUCUUUGUAUUCUUGUUCUUGGAUUUUCUUGGUUUUAGGCAAGCUAGGUCGUAGAAAACAUGAAAGAGAAGAAUAGUGGCAGUUUCACUUAGCUGAGUUAGCUCUCUCUCUUUGUUUCCUUUCGUGCUUUCGAAAAACAAAAAAUUGUCUGUUGGGUUGAUGCCAAAGAUGGAAGAAACCAUCAGCAGCUAGCAAGCCAACUGAGCUUUUCGAUUCAAGGAAAAGAAGCUAGAAUUGAUCAGCAACUCUAACUUAAAUAUCCUUAUCACGCAAAAAGGGCUAAAAUCCAUUGCUGUUGGUAAGAAGAUGAUGAAAAGUUUGUUAAGCCAACAACAAAACCCAGGUGUUGAAGAGAACAUGUCAAAUUUGACUUCUGCCUCUGGUGAAGCAAGUGUUUCUUCCGGCAAUAUUAGGGCCGAAUCUGGCUCUAUUUUUCCUCAGCAGUAUUUUGCUCCUCAUCAAACUCAACAAGCAGUGAAGAAGAAGAGAAACCUACCAGGCAACCCAGACCCAGAUGCAGAAGUCAUAUCUUUAUCCCCCAAGAGUCUCAUGGCAACAAACAGAUUCAUCUGCGAGAUCUGUAGCAAGGGGUUUCAAAGAGACCAGAACCUCCAGCUGCACAGAAGAGGCCACAAUCUGCCAUGGAAGCUGAAGCAGAGAAGCAGCAAAGAGAUCAAGAAAAAGGUGUAUGUUUGCCCAGAACCCAGUUGUGUCCACCACCACCCGUCAAGAGCACUGGGGGAUUUGACAGGGAUCAAGAAGCACUUUUGCAGAAAACAUGGCGAGAAGAAAUGGAAAUGUGAAAAGUGCUCAAAGCGGUAUGCGGUUCAAUCGGAUUGGAAAGCUCAUUCUAAGACCUGUGGCACAAGGGAGUACAGAUGUGACUGUGGCACCCUUUUCUCUAGGAGGGAUAGUUUCAUCACUCACAGAGCAUUCUGUGAUGCACUAGCAGAAGAAAGUGCAAGAGCAACAAUCACAGGAGUAAACCCACUACUCUCCAGUACCCAAUCACCAAUUUCCCACAUAAACCCUCAAAACAUCCAAUUCCAACCCCAAUUCCUUCAGUCAUUCCAAAUGAAACAAGAGCAACAAAGCUUCAACAGCAUCCUCCCUAGACCAGAUAUCCCACCAUGGCUAUCUUGCCCGCCGCCGGCUGUAGGAUCCGGCCCCGGCCCACCGCCCCCAACACUCUUCUCCGCCACAACACGGUUAGAUCACCAAGACUUGAUCACAAACCACCAAGAUUUUGAAAACCCAAUUAGCCCUAACUCAAGCACAACCCAUCAAGUUCAACCCUACCAGCACCAACCAAUGGCAUCGCCACACAUGUCAGCGACUGCAUUGCUGCAGAAAGCAGCCCAAAUGGGUGCAACAAUGAGCACCGCGAACAAGAACUGCUCAGCGGGUCAUGGGCCCCACCAGGGCCAAGAUCAUCACGUGUCUGCUGAUUCCUCUGGUAAUUACAUGAUAACAGCAGCAGCAGCAGCUGGUUUUGGGCAGAAUUUGGCAUCACGUGAAGGGAUGGGAACUGGGUUUUUCUUUCCUUUUGGGGACAGCAACAAAGCCCAGCUGAAUCUUUCUGGUACGGAGGCGGGUUCGGGUGCGGGUGCAGCUGCACCUUCUUCUUCUUCUUCUUUUUUUCAGGACAUGAUUUCAAUCUCUUCUGCAAGUGGGUUUGCUGGGUCUUCUUUUGAUGAUACAUUUGGUGGUAUGUUGAGUUCUAAGAAAGAUGGCGGCGGCGGCGGCAAUGAAGGGAUGACUAGGGAUUUCUUGGGUCUGAGACCACUGUCUGAGAGUGAUAUUCUGAGUAUAACUGGUCUUAGUAACCACGUCAGCAAACAAAACCAAACCCAAAAAUCAUGGCAAGGUAAUUAAUUGCAUUUUUAAAGAACUUUUUUUUUGGGUUCUUUUACAAGCUUCAGUUUUGAGCUCUCUCUUCCUCUUAGUUAUAUUAUGGUCUUAAAGCUUUCUUCCAAAAGGGAAGAGUCUUCGGAAAAACCCUAAGUAUAUGAUGACUGCAUAUGUACGUAGUUGAAUGUCUAUCAAUUGUGAACGUGAUUUACGCCUUUUGUUUUUGAA